AAUAAAAUCAUUACAUAUUAUGUGAUUAUUGAAAUAUAAACCAAACAAUUUACAUAAUAAUUAUUAAACUGAAAACUGUGUUUAUUAUUUGUUGAGAAUGAUAAUGUAACGUAUAAAUAAAAGUCUAAUAGGAAAAAGAUGCGAAGCCCAUCUACAGCGGUGUUUCGUAGAGGUCGAUGAAUAAUGUUUUGAAUGAUUUAUUUUACAGAUAGGUACAACAUUCGAAUUUUAUUAAUUUUUUUGUAAUUACUAUUAUCGCGAUGGGAUGUUUUUAUAGCAAAAAGGAAAUUUCUGACUUGCAUCCUAACAUAUUUCGGGUUGUUAAUAUUGAUGAAGAUGGCUCAGACCUAUGUUCCGGUCAGUUAGAAAUAACAGAUUCAGAUAUAAUUCUUUAUAGAGAAGGCAGAGAUUCAACAGUAUGGCCACUACAUUCGUUACGAAGAUAUGGCUUUGAAGGAGAUUUAUUUAGUUUUGAGUCUGGACGGAGGUGUGAAACAGGUGAAGGAAUAUAUGCAUUUAGAUGCCGAAGAGCAUCUGUGCUCUUUAGAACACUACAACAACAAAUCCAAUUACGGAAUGUUGUCCAUGAUUCAGUGUCAUAUCCAGUAUCAAGAAUCAAUCCAUCUCCUCAGAGCAGACAAACACUUCAAGCUAGUGUGGUACACAGAUCUUCAGUGGAUAAUGGACAACCAGAUACAGUUUUUAAUAAUAAUCCUAUUUUGCCACCAUUGCCACGUAAUCCAACACCCAGGUCUCCAUCUAGUGCUGAUAUAUUGGAGGUAAUUCAACCUUUGAAUGGACGUAACCAAACAAGUACUCAUGCUACUAAUAUUUACCAAGUAAGAAAUUUUAAAAGGGAACACAAUAACAAUCAGUCUGAACUUGGAGAUGGGCGACAUAUGUAUUCUAAUGAUCUUAAUAGAGACUUGGCAAUGCUUAGAAAAACCUUACGACGUGAAAUGGCUUUAAUUGCCAUCAGAGACAUUGAGGAUGAGACACGGUUUCUGAAAGGGAGGUAUAUGGAAAAUGAAGGAGGGCCAUCAAAUGAAAAGACAAAUGAUACUGCUCAAAAAUCACUACAAGAUACUGGUAAAUUGCAUGCUGAUCCUGUUGCCAUGCAGACCACCAUAAAUUCUGAGCUGAGUGUUGAUCAAAAAGAUUCUGUCAGAGAUCCUACAAGGCUAUAUGUUAAUAUUACACCAAAUGAACAACUUGCCAUAGAACCUGUUAAAAAUGACAUACCUAUCACACCAGUUACACCCAGACCAGUAGAGUAUUGCAAUCUAACUAUUGGCUCUAACCCAGAGGUCAACACAUAUGCUAAUCUUAUGAUUGGUGAAAUGGCUGACAACAUCAAAAAACGUGAUCAUAAUCAGAAAUUUUCUGAAUCUGAUACUUUUAUGUCUAUGUCACCAGUAGAGGAAUUAGAAGUAAACUAUGCUGUGUUAGAUAUUGAUACAAAUAAAGAAACUCUACGAACAGGUAUGCAAGCAGCAAGCCCUGAGAGUCGAUCAAAUAAUAGUUCUAAGAAUAAUAGUACUGCAUCUUAUUCGUCACAUGCAAGGAGCCGAAUGGUAUCACAAAAUAGUAUAGAUAAAGGUUCAAGUACAAAUACUCUACCAUCAUUAGCCACAGCUAACAUAGGUUAUACUACUAUCGAUUUUGACAAAACAGUGGCAUUAACUUCAGUUGCGGCAGCAGCUGAUGCAAAUCUUGAUGGUCGUAAAAGCAGACAUAACUCAUGUGUUAUUAUUUCAAAUGCUUGUGAAAGGAAGUAAAUAUUAAUUAUAUUUAUUUCCUAAUAAUAAUGAUACUAUAUUCUAGUUGAGUAUAAUAUCAUUAUUAUUUAUUACAAGACCAUGGAGUUACUGAGUAUAAUACAAUAUACUAUAGGAGCAUAAGGAUAAUUUCAGUCAGUGUAACCAUGACUUGCACAAAUGCCAAAAAAUAUUUUUGACCAAGAGUUGAUUGCUAUAAAGGAUUUUUAUAAAAUGAGAAAGCCCUAUAGGAGAUCGUAAGUUUUAAGUUAGCAAAAUACUGAUUCAACUUAAUUAUAUCACUAUAUUUGUAUGUCCAAAGCGAUGUUCAUGACCAAAGCUAACCAUUUCUUUUUAAUAAUGUCUAGUGUAGAUAUAUCAUUCAGAUAUAAAUUACUUAAAUUGUCUGUGUAGAGAUGUCAUCAAACUGGCUGUUUAGUAUAAUUGUGUCAAAUUAGGUAUGAUGAAAGUAAGAUUUAAAUAAAUAAUACAGCGAUUUGCGGUUGGCCUAAAUGGAGGAAAUGUGUGAAGGUUUUUUACUUGUUUGUAUAGGAUCAAAUAUAUGUAGCCAUCAUAGAAGGCACAAUUAUUAGGUAAGUAAAUAAUUAUCCUAAUAUUAAGGUUACUGCUUACAUAAGUAGUUUAAAAUUGCCAAAGAAAUGUAUGUAGUCAGGGGUAUUAUAAGUACAAUUGAUAUAGUUCGCUUUUCUCACUGUAUUUAAGCAUGGAAGACCACCAAAAUGGAAAACUAAUCUUUGUAAUGGUAACUUCAAGUACUUCAAAGAAGCAUCAGUUUAUAGACAGCUAUUAUUAUUGUUGUGUCAAGAUAAGAGAAUUGAAUAAGGGGUUGAAUGAGAUAAGUUUUUGUAUUCAUUUGUACUAAAGAAAACUUUAUAAGAAAAAGUAUGUUUUUUAAACUAAAAUGUUAAUUUAUUUUGUCUAUAUAUAAUAUUAUAGAAGUUGUGCAAAAAAUUGCUUGAUUUUAAAAAGGACUACUACUAUCAAGAAACUUAGCCUUCCUCCCAGUAAAAUCAUGCAAACAAUGAAUCGAUCUGCAGUUUUAUGGUCAAUCAGAACAUUUAAGUCGUCACUUAUGGUACAUGUCCGUUUACCUUUAUAAAUACUGGAGAUAAAGUCUAGUUUCCAGUUUUCCAUUAGGAAAGUAGCAUUUUGUGUGCCGUUGACGGCGAUAACCCGAGAAUAAGUUUACUUUCAAAUAUGACCUUUUCAGAUAUUUUCGAACUGAUACUACUUAAAGACCAAGGAAAUUGUGUUCGGCAAUGCACAAGGGAAAAGUAUAUCCAGUAGUACUUUUUUAAAAUUUGGCAUUUUUUAAUUUCCUUAAUCUUAAUUUAUAAGGUUUUUUAGUUCUAAAAAUGAGCCACAAUGUUAUACUGUUUUGUUUCUUAUUUGACUGAUAUUUAUAUUAAGUGCCAAAAGUGAAAGUGAAAUAUAGUGUAAUUUAUUUUUUGAUAAACGUUAGUUUGCAAAUAUGUACUCUAUUAAAUGGUUUAAUGUUAUACUGAAACAAAUUCAGAAAAAUGUUAAUUUGAUUGAGUUAUAUGUAAAUGAUUUUAUAAUGACAUCCACUUGUUGGUGAAAAUGAAAACCGCGAAAUCUUUUAAUUGUUUAAUUAUUGGUAGCAAACAAUUAUAGAAAAAAAUUUUCUCGUUAAAAAGACAGUACCUGAAGGAUAUUUUUUUUAAUGUAUGAAAUGUACUAA